AUGGGGCCACUUGUGAUGGGGCCACUUGUGAUGGGGGCACUUGUGGUGGGGCCACUUGUGAUGGGGGCACUUGUGAUGGGGCCACUUGUGAUGGGGCCACUUGUGAUGGGGCCACUUGUGAUGGGGCCACUUGCGAUGGGGGCACUUGUGAUGGGGGCACUUGUGAUGGGGCCACUUGUGAUGUGGCCACUUGUGAUGCGACCACUUGUGAUGGGGCCACUUGUGAUGGGGCCACUUGUGAUGGGGCCACAUGUGAUGCGGCCACUUGUGAUGGGGCCACUUGUGAUGGGGCCACUUGUGAUGGGGGCACUUGUGAUGGGGCCACUUGUGAUGGGGGCACUUGUGAUGGGGCCACUUGUGAUGGGGCCUCUUGUGAUGGGGCCACUUGUGAUGGGGCCACUUGUGAUGGGGCCACUUGUGAUGGGGCCACUUGUGAUGCGGCCACUUGUGAUGGGGCCACUUGUGAUGGAGCCACUUGUGAUGGGGCCACUUGUGAUGGGGCCACUUGUGAUGGGGCCACUUGUGAUGGGGCCACUUGUGAUGGGGGCACUUGUGAUGGGGGCACUUGUGAUGGGGGCACUUGUGAUGGGGCCACUUGUGAUGGGGCCACUUGUGAUGGGGCCACUUGUGAUGGGGCCACUUGUGAUGGGGGCACUUGUGAUGGGGGCACUUGUGAUGGGGGCACUUGUGAUGGGGCCACUUGUGAUGCGGCCACUUGUGAUGGGGGCACUUGUGAUGGGGGCACUUGUGAUGGGGGCACUUGUGAUGGGGGCACUUGUGAUGGGGCCACUUGUGAUGGGGGCACUUGUGAUGGGGCCACUUGUGAUGGGGGCCUCUUGUGAUGGGGCCACUUGUGAUGGGGCCACUUGUGAUGGGGCCACUUGUGAUGGGGCCACUUGUGAUGGGGCCACUUGUGAUGGGGCCACUUGUGAUGGGGCCACUUGUGAUGGGGGCACUUGUGAUGGGGCCACUUGUGAUGGGGCCUCUUGUGAUGGGGCCACUUGUGAUGGGGCCACUUGUGAUGGGGCCACUUGUGAUGGGGCCACUUGCGAUGGGGGCACUUGUGAUGGGGGCAAUUGUGAUGGGGCCACUUGUGAUGGGGCCACUUGUGAUGGGGCCACUUGUGAUGGGGCCACUUGUGAUGGGGCCACUUGUGAUGGGGCCACUUGUGAUGGGGCCACUUGUGAUGGGGCCACUUGUGAUGGGGCCACUUGCGAUGGGGGCACUUGUGAUGGGGGCACUUGUGAUGGGGGCACUUGUGAUGGGGCCACUUGUGAUGGGGCCACUUGUGAUGCGGCCACUUGUGAUGGGGCCACUUGUGAUGGGGCCACUUGUGAUGGGGGCACUUGUGAUGGGGCCACUUGUGAUGGGGGCACUUGUGGUGGGGCCACUUGUGAUGGGGGCACUUGUGAUGGGGCCACUUGUGAUGGGGCCACUUGUGAUGGGGCCACUUGUGAUGGGGCCACUUGCGAUGGGGGCACUUGUGAUGGGGGCACUUGUGAUGGGGCCACUUGUGAUGGGGCCACUUGUGAUGCGGCCACUUGUGAUGGGGCCAGUUGUGAUGGGGCCACUUGUGAUGGGGCCACUUGUGAUGGGGCCACUUGUGAUGGGGGCACUUGUGAUGGGGCCACUUGUGAUGGGGCCUCUUGUGAUGGGGCCACUUGUGAUGGGGCCACUUGUGAUGGGGCCACUUGUGAUGGGGCCACUUGCGAUGGGGGCACUUGUGAUGGGGGCAAUUGUGAUGGGGCCACUUGUGAUGGGGCCACUUGUGAUGGGGCCACUUGUGAUGGGGCCGCUUGUGAUGGGGCCACUUGUGAUGGGGCCACUUGUGAUGGGGCCACUUGUGAUGGGGCCACUUGCGAUGGGGGCACUUGUGAUGGGGGCACUUGUGAUGGGGGCACUUGUGAUGGGGCCACUUGUGAUGGGGCCACUUGUGAUGCGGCCACUUGUGAUGGGGCCACUUGUGAUGGGGCCACUUGUGAUGGGGGCACUUGUGAUGGGGCCACUUGUGAUGGGGGCACUUGUGAUGGGGCCACUUGUGAUGGGGCCACUUGUGAUGGGGCCACUUGUGAUGGGGCCACUUGCGAUGGGGGCACUUGUGAUGGGGGCACUUGUGAUGGGGCCACUUGUGAUGUGGCCACUUGUGAUGCGACCACUUGUGAUGGGGCCACUUGUGAUGCGGCCACUUGUGAUGGGGCCACUUGUGAUGGGGCCACUUGUGAUGGGGCCACUUGUGAUGGGGCCACUUGUGAUGGGGCCACUUGUGAUGGGGCCACUUGCGAUGGGGGCACUUGUGAUGGGGGCACUUGUGAUGGGGCCACUUGUGAUGCGGCCACUUGUGAUGGGGCCACUUGUGAUGGGGGCACUUGUGAUGGGGGCACUUGUGAUGGGGGCACUUGUGAUGGGGCCACUUGUGAUGGGGGCACUUGUGAUGGGGCCACUUUUGUGAUGGGGCCACUUGUGAUGGGGCCACUUGUGAUGGGGCCACUUGUGAUGGGGGCACUUGUGAUGGGGCCACUUGUGAUGGGGCCUCUUGUGAUGGGGCCACUUGUGAUGGGGCCACUUGUGAUGGGGCCACUUGUGAUGGGGCCACUUGCGAUGGGGGCACUUGUGAUGGGGGCAAUUGUGAUGGGGCCACUUGUGAUGGGGCCACUUGUGAUGGGGCCACUUGUGAUGGGGCCACUUGUGAUGGGGCCACUUGUGAUGGGGCCACUUGUGAUGGGGCCACUUGUGAUGGGGCCACUUGUGAUGGGGCCACUUGCGAUGGGGGCACUUGUGAUGGGGGCACUUGUGAUGGGGGCACUUGUGAUGGGGCCACUUGUGAUGGGGCCACUUGUGAUGCGGCCACUUGUGAUGGGGCCACUUGUGAUGGGGCCACUUGUGAUGGGGGCACUUGUGAUGGGGCCACUUGUGAUGGGGGCACUUGUGGUGGGGCCACUUGUGAUGGGGGCACUUGUGAUGGGGCCACUUGUGAUGGGGCCACUUGUGAUGGGGCCACUUGUGAUGCGGCCACUUGCGAUGGGGGCACUUGUGAUGGGGGCACUUGUGAUGGGGCCACUUGUGAUGGGGCCACUUGUGAUGCGGCCACUUGUGAUGGGGCCACUUGUGAUGCGGCCACUUGUGAUGGGGCCACUUGUGAUGGGGCCACUUGUGAUGGGGGCACUUGUGAUGGGGCCACUUGUGAUGGGGGCACUUGUGAUGGGGCCACUUGUGAUGGGGCCUCUUGUGAUGGGGCCACUUGUGAUGGGGCCACUUGUGAUGGGGCCACUUGUGAUGGGGCCACUUGUGAUGCGGCCACUUGUGAUGGGGCCACUUGUGAUGGGGCCACUUGUGAUGGGGGCACUUGUGAUGGGGCCACUUGUGAUGGGGCCACUUGUGAUGGGGCCACUUGUGAUGGGGCCACUUGUGAUGGGGCCACUUGUGAUGGGGCCACUUGUGAUGGGGCCACUUGUGAUGGGGCCACUUGCGAUGGGGGCACUUGGGGCCACUUGCGAUGGGGGCACUUGUGAUGGGGGCACUUGUGAUGGGGCCACUUGUGAUGCGGCCACUUGUGAUGGGGCCACUUGUGAUGGGGCCACUUGUGAUGGGGGCACUUGUGGUGGGGCCACUUGUGAUGGGGGCACUUGUGAUGGGGCCACUUGUGAUGGGGCCACUUGUGAUGGGGCCACUUGUGAUGGGGCCACUUGCGAUGGGGGCACUUGUGAUGGGGGCACUUGUGAUGGGGCCACUUGUGAUGUGGCCACUUGUGAUGCGACCACUUGUGAUGGGGCCACUUGUGAUGCGGCCACUUGUGAUGGGGCCACUUGUGAUGGGGCCACUUGUGAUGGGGGCACUUGUGAUGGGGCCACUUGUGAUGGGGGCACUUGUGAUGGGGCCACUUGUGAUGGGGCCUCUUGUGAUGGGGCCACUUGUGAUGGGGCCACUUGUGAUGGGGCCACUUGUGAUGGGGCCACUUGUGAUGGGGCCACUUGUGAUGGGGCCACUUGUGAUGGGGCCACUUGCGAUGGGGGCACUUGUGAUGGGGGCACUUGUGAUGGGGCCACUUGUGAUGGGGCCACUUGUGAUGCGGCCACUUGUGAUGGGGCCACUUGUGAUGGGGCCACUUGUGAUGGGGGCACUUGUGAUGGGGCCACUUGUGAUGGGGGCACUUGUGAUGGGGCCACUUGUGAUGGGGCCACUUGUGAUGGGGCCACUUGUGAUGGGGCCACUUGUGAUGGGGCCACUUGUGAUGGGGCCACUUGUGAUGGGGCCACUUGUGAUGGGGCCACUUGUGAUGGAAGCACUUGUGAUGGAAGCACUUGUGAUGGGGGCACUUGUGAUGGGGCCACUUGUGAUGGGGCCACUUGUGAUGGGGGCACUUGUGAUGGGGGCACUUGUGAUGGGGGCACUUGUGAUGGGGGCACUUGUGAUGGGGGCACUUGUCAAGGGGGCACUUCCGAAGGGGCCACUUCUGAAGGGGGCACUUCUGAAGGGGGCACUUCUGAAGGGGCCACUUCUGAAGGGGGCAGAUCUGAAGGGGGCACAUCUGAAGGGGGCACAUCUGAAGGGGGCACUUCUGGGGUUGUGCACUGGUAUGGCGGUGGUACGCCUGCUGCUGUCACCUGCUCUGGUGCUGCUGCUGCUGCUGCUUCUGCUGCUGCUGCUGCCGCUGCCAAUGCUGCUGCUGAUGCCAAGAGUUCUGGCUCUGGCGAACGCGUUGCCACGUGGCGUGAUUGUGAUGGGCCAGGAGGCGAGGCUGUGCUGGUGCGUGCGGUUGAAGUGGUGCGCAAAGGAGGCGGAGAAGUUGAGAUUGGCGCACCCCACGUGCAGCGUCGCCCUGGGGAGGGGGAGAGAUGGGGGGGCAAAGCAGGAGGAGGGGGAGAGAUGGGGGGGCAAAGCAGGAGGGGGAGAAGAUGGGGGGGCAAAGCAGGAGGAGGGGGAGAAGAUGGGGGGGCAAAGCAGGAGGAGGGGGAGAAGAUGGGGGGGCAAAGCAGGAGGGGGAGAGAUGGGGGCAGCAUGAGGAUGGGAAGCGAGGCACAAGUGAGGGGGGAAGCGGGUGGGUGCGAGGUGGCAGGGAAGUAG